GUGCGGCACCGUUGACGCAUCGUCCUGGACCAGUCGAACAGCACCAGUACCAGACCUGCACUGCAUCGGUUUCUGUCCCUUAACGCUUAACGGCUUAACGGUUUCUUCAUCCAAAUUCAAACCCGCAUCAAGCAUACGCCGCGUGUCCCCGUCCGCCUUGCGUGAUUUCGACGUUAACUUCGCGCUUUAAUGAAGUUAUUGAGUGCGUGAUUCCGUUGCUAAUCUUUGGAAUCGGCUAAGGACCGCUGGGCAGGCGAAGGAUCAAAGCGGCAGGGCCGGACGCGACACUUUUGGGCCGUCGGCUAAUUGAAAAGUGGCCUCAGACGCCACUCCAAAGCACUCCACUCCCAAACACCCGUUGAAGCUCCGGCUCCCAAGGCAAUUGGCAAUUUGACGCCUCAGCUGCAACCCGCGAAAGGCGUCGCAAUGAAGCUGGUCGUUUACCUCUACUUGUCCAUGAUUGUGCUGGGCGUUCAGGCCUGGCCCAGUGUAAAGCGCUCCUUUGAGCUGUACCCCAGCCCAGCGAUGCCCCACAAUGUGCACACGGUGGCAGAAUGCAUGCACGUGGCCUUUGAGGCAGGUGACUACAUCUUCAAGAAGCUGGCCCCCUUGCCCGGCCUCAAUCGGGAGGCGGCGCUGCUCGAGCUGGAAGCCGUUGCAGCUGCAGCGGCUGCUUCAGGAGCGGACCACGGACAGGGACUGGGAAUGGAACUGGGACUGGGACUGGAGGAGCAGCACGAAGUCUGUGGCCUGUAUGUGAUUGGCGAGCCCGACACAAUUGUGGAGAUUACAAUGAAGCACUACGAUGCCAACUGCGAGUCAGGAUCCCUCAUGGCGUUUGUUGAUGGCUGGGAGCUGAACGGUGAGUACUUUCCGGGCAUCAAGGAUCACCAUCGACCGCUCGAGGAGCGUGUAUACGAGUUCUGCAACAACUACAAGCAAUGGCCCCGUGUUAGCAACAAGAAGUUUUUCCGAUCCAGCCAGAACGCCGCCCUGCUUCAGUACCGCAUCGCCGGUCGAGGCUCCUUCGUGGCCAACGUGCGCUUCCACAAGAUCACACAACCUUGCAACGUACUGGUCCAGGACACCGCCGCCGUCUACAAGAUGACAAACUUUGGCCAGGCCCGCAACUGCACCAUCUCCGCGCUCUUUCCGGCCGUCGUGUCUUUGGCCAGUCUGCGGAUCGGCGGCAAGAGUGUGCGAACACAGCAGAAGGUCAACUAUGAUUGUCAGACGUUCGGAGAUCGCCUGGAGAUCGGCGGGUCCUCUGGCCUGGAUGCCAACGGCCUGGAGCUGGCCAGCGCCGUGUGUGGUGCCGCCAACGAGCCGGGGCCCGAGCAGGCCAUCUUCUGCGGGGUGAGCACCGUGCGCCUGGUGUCGACUGGCCGCUACCAAAACCAGGCAGCCCUCAUCCUCCGCAAGGCCGAUGAGCAGGACCUCGACAUCGCCACGCUCAUGUGUGCUCUCUAAGCGACGUCCUGGACUCGUUCCAUCUGUGUAUAUGUAUGUACAAAAGCAGCGGCAGAGGCAGAGGCACGAACACAACCUCCCGGACUCCAUCGUAGUGCUUAAACCCGCACUUCAACUUAAACCUUAUCCAAGCUACUAGUAUUCGCUACUCGAGAGGCAUCUUGGGAACCCCUCUAUACGAGUAU